GGGAAGCGGCUGACCGGCGCUGCUGGCGAGGAGGCCGGGCCCCCGGGGGGUUUCCCGGAGGUGGAGCCUGGCCGCGGAAGUGAAGCGGGAGCCGGAAGCGCCUGGGCCGGGCCUGGGAGGAGGUGUCUGGGGCGGCUGCUCCGGAGCCGGAGUCUCCAAGGGAGUCCUCUCGGCGGGCGUUUGCCGGGCCCCGCGUAGCCGCCGCCGCUGCCGCCAUCAUGCACGACGCCUUCGAGCCGGUGCCGAUUCUGGAGAAGCUGCCUCUGCAGAUCGACUGCUUGGCCGCGUGGGGUGAGUGGGGCGCCGAGCUGCGGCGGGGCAUCUCGGCAAAGGCGUCCCUCGCCAUCCCCGCCUCCCUCUCCCUGCCGCCCGCUUGGCUUGUUUUUUUCACGCCCUCCUGCCAGCUCCUGGUCCGGUUCUCCUUCCUGGCCACGGAAGGGGGUUUGGCGCCCGUUUUGGCUGUGCGCUUGAAGCGGGAGGGAGCGGCAAAGCCCUGCCCUCUUCCCGAUGAGGCAACCGCUUUAAUUUUAUUUUUUGGGGGUGGGGGUGGUAUCUCCGCUGGGUACCUGAAGGGUCACUCGACGUUGCGGUUUUUGAAGCCUGUCAGCUGCCGGACACGUGACGGACACGGAAGUGUGGCGUGUUUUGUCAACGUAUGAAUCAGUGCUUGCCUGCGACUUUGCCCUCAGCCCCUUAACACGCGUCAUGGUGCGGUGGACGCGUUUUAAAAAAUUGAAUCUGGCGCAAGAAGCGGCUCUUGCAUACCCUUCCGAUAAAAUCGAGGUGGAAAGAUGGCUAGCUGUGUUUUGUAUUCUCUUGGUUUCUGAAAAGAGUGCAUUAUAAGUGGGAUUGAAUUUCCCCAGUGCUUUUUUUUCUUUUUUAAAAAAGUGUUUAGGGCUACUCUCAUUUUGACUCAAGAAAAUCACCAUUUUAUAGUUCAAAUCGGGGGAAAUAAAUACAGUAGAUGGACAAAAAGUAGAUUCACAAAAUGUUUAGGGGUGUGCGUACCCCCCAGAAAAAAAGCACUGAACUUACCUCAUAUCUGUUCUGUGGGUUGCAUCUUUCCCAUUAUUGGGUUUUGAGAGUAGUUGCCAUGUUAAUGCCAUUUCACACGUUGCAGAAAAUGAUUGCAAGCCUGUUAUUAUUAUUUUUUAAAAUGCACCCUUUUUAAAGCAAGUGUUUAUAAACAAAUAUUUAUAAACAAAUGUUUAUCAUUUGUGAAUAACUUUCAAGUAUGGCUGACUUGCAGUGGAAAUACGGAGAUCUGGCUUUUGCAACAUGUGAAGCAGUCUGAUGUAUAUGAGAUGAAGUAUGAUUUGUGAAUUGUGACCGCUUUCAGCUAUUCAACCCUAGAUGUUUUUAGACUGCAACUCCCACAAUCCUUUACCACUGGCAAGCUGGCCGAUGAUAAUGGACGUUUUAGUCCAACUACAGUGGUGCUGCAAGGUUGGAGAAGGCUAGUUUACUAACUGAGUACAGUAGUUUACUGAAUGAGUGGAAUAUAUGAACUUAAUUCAGUUCUUCAGUCAGGAAUAUUCUCCAAUUCUUAACUUAGAGUUCAAUUGCAGCCUUCAAAGGCCUGUUACUUCCCCAGAGGGAUAUCAUUAAAUAGUACCAUCUAAACCAGUUUGUGUCCUGUUAUUUUUCUUUCAACCUGCGAUCCUCCGUAUUCCCUUGCAAGGUAUAUCUGGAGGCAGUUGUGUGUACUUUAAAAUUGGAUGUGUCUUCAGCAACCUGUAACUUUGUGCAUCCAAAUGAUAUCCGUCUGAAUUAUUGAUCUCCUUACUGAGUCAGGCCUUCUCAUCUGAAUUGACUGCAUUUUGCAGUCAGAAAUCUUGCCUGGCCAUCAGGAGGCUGAGAUAACUGUACUUGUUUAAAUGGUAUAUUCUUGCAGUUCAUCGUUGAUUUACAUUGCUCGGUAUUUCACAGAAUUUUAAUACAGGGUGGGUAGGGAGAAAAAAAAAUCACGGGUAUUUUCGGUGAGCUGCAAUUGAUUAUACUGAGUCUGUAUGCUCUGGCCCAAAGUAAUGCAAGCCUUUAUGUACGUAGAAAUAUAUAACUUAUGGGGAGAUUGAGCAGAGGAAGGUUUGUGGCAUUGGGUUCACAACAAAAUACGAGAAAUUGGGACACUAUCAAAAGUUAAGAAUUUUCUACAUGGGGAGCACUCUGGUGUAAGAUAAAAGGUGUGAAAACUCUGUUUAUUGUCAUGUGUGGUGAUUGCAUGUCUUUUUUGGCUGUGUUUAAGUGCAUGUGAAGCUGUGGGAGACAGUGAAGUUGCCUUGUGUGUACAUGUGAUGUCACAAGUGAUAAUAUAUGUGCUGUUUGCACUUUUUCCUACUUGAGAGGCAUUUUGUGUACAAAAUUAAUAAUGCUGAAAAUGCUCUUAGAGCAAGCACCAUUUUCUGGAAUUAUUAUUAUUAUUAUUUGUGUGUGUGUUUGCCAAGAGGAAAAUAAUUUGUGGCAAUAUUUUAUGAUACAGAUGGCUAUAAAUGAUUUGCAUGUCUUUAAAUAUAAGUGUGUGCUUUUCAGUUGGCAGUACUAUUUGCAUAGCACCUAAUAAGAUAAUUUUGGGCCUCAACUUAUACAUUACUAACAUUAAGCAUUAGCAAGACUUGCUUAGUACACAUACCGUUAAAGGAAGAAGCUUUUCGGGCCAGAUUUGGGUACGACAUUUUAGUAAAAAAAAUGCAUGAUAAAGAUGAGUCUUGCUUUGUUCAUCAACAUUUAUUAUUAGCAGUUCAAUUAAAAACAAGUGCAUAGUAAUAAUGAUUUAUCUUAUUAAGUAAUCUGUUUUACAAAGAUAAUCUAAAUAUCAGUGGAUAUCUGGGGAUGGUGAUAUCCAGCCAGUUUUUUUAAUCUCUAUCUUUUUAUAAAAUACUGCUCAGGACAAAGACUGUUGCAUCUUCAGAAAAUAAUUCCUGCAGCGUAGCCCCCCUUCGAUUAUGAAUUUGGGUUUUUUAAUGGUAAACAGGAGUUUAUUUUCUUCACCAUAUUCUAAGCAAGGAACUUUUAAAAUGAAAGCCAGAAUUUUAACAAAGUCUGUAGUUCUUACCAGGCACACUUGGUAAUGAUGUGUGUUUUCUGGAAAAUUUUGAAUUGUAAAAUCUCCUAAUUCCCCUCCCACCACAACACACUAAAUUGAUUGGUAUCGGCUUUAAACAGAAUUCAAAGUUGACACAGUUACUUUUUUGUACUGUAUAAAUAAACAGAAUUUUAAAAUAACACAAAUGUUACUUUUUUGUACCGUAUAAAGUAUAUAUAAAAUAUAUAUAUUAAAAAAUGGAAUGCUUGACCAGGGGGGGAGGAAUCAAUGAAGGGCACCUAGGCUGCCAUCAUGUACAUGCUUUUCCUGGAAGAAAACCGGGCUGAAGUCAGAGGGACUUGUAUCUGAGUAAAAAUGCAUGGGAUUGCACUGUAAAUUUUGUUUAAAUGUUACAUUUAAACAAAUUUAAAGCUUUACUUGCAAAUACUUUUAUUGGAAUGCUUAUAUUAAUACAUCUAGAAAUAGUAUGGAUUUCUCUUGCAUUGUUCAUACUUUAAGAGGAAAAUCGAAGGUUUUAAAAACCGUUGACAUGUUAAUUUUAGCGUUUCCAAAGAACUGUGGGGAGAAGUUUCCACUCAUAUGUUUAUUCAUUAGAACUUGCCAGUAUGAGAUGUAAGGGUUACAUAAAUUAUGCAUAGAUGGAAGAAAUGUGAUCUUACUGCAAUUUAUAAAAUGUUUGUUUUUAUUGCAGAGGAAUGGCUCCUCGUUGGGACAAAACAAGGCCACCUCCUUCUUUACAGAAUUCGAAAGGAAACUGGUGGGUGUGGAAAAAAAUUAGCCAAGUUUCUGUAAGCUCUUGGAGCAUGUGCAAUGAAGCAUGUUUGUUUAACUGUAUUUUAGGGUGGGUUUACACGGUUUUAUGUGCUGUGUUUGGUGGCGAUGAGAGUGUGUGCAGGAGCCUGAUACUCACAUGAGAACCACACUGUAUAAAGCUUAAAUACUAGAGACUGCACUGAUUGCCCCUAAAUGUCAUAGGGUCCCUGCAGCAUUUCUAGUUUCCCUUUCUGUGAGAACUUCAGUAGACCCAGUCCUUAAAAACAUGUGUAACUAGUGGCAUAACUUUGAAAGCUGAAGUAGGUCAGCAGUUGGCUAGAAGAUAACAUUCACUGUGUAUCGGCUUGAUUGUAGGCUCGAUUUGCACAAUCUGAUAGCAGUGAGGGCCAAACUUGCUGUGAAGAUAAUCACACAACUGACAGUUCCAUCACUGCUUUUUAUUUAGUUAAAAACAGGCGAGGGAGAUGAAUGAUUUUCACUUCUUCUGCCCAUACCUUCUGCCACUGAAUAGAUCAGGUUGCAAGUUACAGGAUAAUUUAAUAAAGAACUACAUUUAGUACAUCCUAGGUCAUCUGUUUGCAUCUUGUCUUUUGGGUGGUUUAUGGGACUUUUGCUGGAGGUGGACUCUUCUUCCUGGUCAUCUGCCAUUUACUGAGUUGAGAUUCCUACAUUACCAAGGGUUGAACUACAUGACCCUCAGGGCCCGUUCUAACUCUACAAUUCUGUGAUUCUGUUUUUCACUGUAUUUCAGGACAAGGUGUAGGAUUUAUGGGAGCAUAAAGCUCAGAUAGAGCUGUUGUGUAUAAAACCCAACCUAUAUAACCUAUAGUAUGAUUUAGAAUGGAAAAGCCAAAACAAAACCCUACAGCACCUACAUUUUGGCUCACUGGUGCAUUAGCAGCAGUCCUUUUCUCAAUUGUUGUCCUAAGUCCGGAUAGACUGAAUGCCAAUUCUUAAAACCUCUUUUGAAGUGGAAGAAUUGCUUCAGAGUAACCUUCCUUCCACAGUUUUCAGUGAUAAUGUGGUUUUGUGAGAGCAUCCCCACAACACAUUUCCCAGUAUUGUACUGGAAAAUCACACAGUUGCACGAGCAGUCUAAAUUUACAGGGUUGUAUCAAAGGCUGCCCCUGUUCUGGCAGAAGUGCUUCUAUUAGCACAAGGCAAGGCACCCCAUUUCCGCCAACAUGCCCUGCUAUUUGCAGCCUUCUGUGCCAUAUCCCAUAUAAUCCCAGAGGAUCCCCGGCCUUCAGGAGCAGCAUUUAAGGGACAUGGAAUGCUGCAUUGGGUUGAAGGGACUGGUGAACAUCAAGCCAGCCUCCAAGCUCAAAGCAAACAUUGGAUUCAAGCUCCAUUCUCUGCAUGUUGACAGUGGAUAGGAACAUAGGAAUCUGCCUUGUAGAGUUAGACCAUUGCUCCAUCUAGCUCAGAGUAUUAUAUACUCUGGCUGGCAUCAGCUCUCUAGACCUUCAGACGGGAUGAGAAGAUACAAAGAAGGGAAAGGCAAGGGCAGACAACUGAGGAGAUGAAUACAAGAAAUGAGGAUAACAGGGAAUGAUGGCAAGCAAAUGCAAUUAUGUGCACUUACACUUCAUUUUGGUUAAAGGUGUUACUAAUGAAUGCAAGUAAUGGCGGGGUGGCCCAAUGGACAUGAAUUGGGAGUUGACAUUUUAACCUGUUCCUCAGUAAAGUUAUGAAAACAGGGGAAGUGAGCCUGCGGUGCUGCUUUUUCCUGCUCUGGGCAACACCAGUACCAUCUUAGAGAAGCCAUUUUUCUAGCUUUGCAGAAAAAUACAUGAUUCUUUUAAGAAAACUGAAUUUAUUCUCAAACCACCUUAGCCAGUCUGUUCCAGUCAAAUCAUGAUAGUUUUCAGUUGCUCUUGUCUCACUUGGUAAAUUUCUCCCCCUUUUUGCAUCAACGUCAGGAGAGGUUACGACAUCAGAAAGUGGCUGUAAGUUUGUAUCCAUAAACCUUUAAACCCUUGUGGUGAAGUGUUUUUAUUCUUUGUCCCUCUUGCUAUACUCCCUAGGGAUUUUAUUUGCUAGUGGCUGAUGCAGUGAUAAAGGGUGCUGGGGGCUUGCCUUUUCCUAAACUAGAUUUUUGAAGUCUUUUGUUAAAUCCCUUUCGUCCAUGAGAUGACAAUGCCCAGUUUACUGGUGGGGUAACUGGGUAUGCUGUCAUGUAUAAUUGCUCAUUUUUAUUUUGCAAACUUCAGGUGGACAUGUGAGGCUUGCAUCUCCUCUAAACUGAUAGCAGAACUUUGUGGGAUAUUUUGCCUUAGCUGUUGAAAUACGUGUUGAUGAAAAGUGUCCAUAGUCUAAAAGAAUCCCUUUGCUGUCUGGUAGGUUGCAACAGAUUUGAAGUGACAUUAGAGAAGUCAAACAAGAACUUCUCCAAGAAGAUUCAGCAGGUACAUGGGAUAUCUCUGGACCAACCUAAAAUCAUAAGAGGCAUUUGACUGAAGUCAAGACUUUGUUUUACAGGGGUGGGGUGAGAUGGAAGUUGUUGUGCCACUGAUCUUGUCUUCUCUUACAAUAUUGGCAUUUGCUGCAGCAAUCCUAAUGUGUGUAGCUGCCAUAAGUCUUGUAGAAUUCCACUAGCUUUGAUCCCAUGUAAAUGUGUUUGGGGUUACUAUAAUAAAAUCGGAGACACUACUUCAAAGACAUUUGGGAAAUUGCAGUACAUGCCUCUUGGCAUAACAGCACCAAUGCAGAAUGGAAGUUGCUGCAGCCUUGUGCUUUCAAGUGACUAGCUUUUUCUGAGUAGCUUAUUAUAUUUAUAUUCUGCUGUGCAGCCAAGAUAGGGUCCCAGAGCAGCUUACAAAAUGCACACAAAGCUACAACUAGAAUAAGGGAUAUGGGGAGGUAUGCCCAUAUCUUCUAGUCUCCUGCACUUGAUGACAUAUGCCUGGUUUGCACAUAUAAGACUAAGCCGUAGUGUUUUUAGCCAAAUGUGGCUUGAUUGAAGGUUUGAACCCAGCCCAGCAAACUAUUUGUUGUUGGUUUAUUGACCAUGGCUUAUACUAACUAUAUCCACUAUAUCCAAAACUAAUGGCCUUGCUUAACUAUGGUUUGUUUGGCUACACAUUUCAAGUACCCAAAACAGAGGCAUGAGGCUAGGGGAGUAGGGGAGGGGAAUCAAACAUUUGAGAAGCAAGCCAUGGCUGCUUUCCUCAUAUGGAAAAACACACAAACAAACACAGCUUAGUUUUAUGUGCAGACAUAGCCAUUAUCAAUAUUCCUUUCAGGAAAAGGGAGCAGAAGGACUCGGGCUGGUUAAUGGUAAAGAUGUCAACCCAAAUAAGCAGCUCCUUUGUUAAGCUACAAAGUCUGUUAAUUAACAUUUAAUUUAAAACCUUACAUAAUAAACUAGAAUAUUUUGAGGGAGCGAAACAGCCUAUUUUGAGUAACUGUUCUUAUAAAAGCUUACUGUGUUGGUGCUCAUUCCUUUUUCCGGCCUCCUGAAUAAUAAACAGCACUGGUGUGAUUUUCUUUUGGGGUUUUCAUUCCUAUUUGCAUAUGCUUUGUUCCUUGUGGAACUCAAUCCUUUGUUGCUGGCUGGAAUCUUAAGAAUUAUGACUGGCUUAUAAUGCCUUAAUAGCGGCAUUUGGAUAUAGCACUGAACCAUAGUUCUCCUCUCCAAGUAAAGGCACUAUUAUUUAAUAUCUAUACAAUGGUAUAUGUGCUCAGCAAAAUUGUUGUGCCUACUAAACUAUAAAUAUACAGUAUUUUUAUAUAGUUCAAGAAACUUCUUGGGAGUUCAUGUUGAAAUAGUAUUUAUUGCCUGUAACAGAAGCUGUUAAUGUCACCAGAAAUGUCAUGACUAUUGCUGCAAGGUUACUCUGCUAGAGGUUGAUAGCUUGCAUAUAAAUUGAUUUUAAUUUGAGUCCCUUUCUGUUAAGUAAGAUUCAUUUCUAGCAAAGGUUUGACUGCAACUUAUUUACAACAUUUUUAUUACUAUUAUUUUUGUAGAUCCAUGUUGUGUCCCAGUUCAAAAUUUUGGUCAGUUUAUUAGGUAAGUGAAUUCACAGCAUUAUGUUUUGAGACAGAGUAAUUGAAGCUGCAAUCUUACGCAUCUCUUACUUCAGAGUAAGCCUCAUUAAACUCAGUAGGACUUACGUAUGGGUAUGCAUAGGAUACACAUGCAUAGGAUUGUGUUAUUAUUCAUCUGAGCAUGGUUAUCCUGUAUCUCCUUCCUUUAUGUUGCAAGUCUUUCUCUUAAGACCCUUGUGUCUUUUCUCCCACAUACAUGGAAUGUUUUUCUUCAUUCUGACAUAGAGGAUAUUGCAUUAGCUUACUUUAUAUCUAUUUGCCACUCACCUAUUUUUAAAACAAGUUAAGUCUUGUCUCCUGCUGAUAAGAUUUGUUGAAUUUAUAGUGCAUAAUUCUGUGAAUACUGCAGACAUGCAUCAAUGAAGUCUUUGGCAAUGCAAUGUACCUUAGAAUCGGCAAGACAUCUGAGAGAUGUUUGCAGAAUUGUGUCCAAACACUUAUUAACCCAUUUCUCCGUUUUCAAAUUUGAAAUAGUUAUGAGGGUAUGUGGAAUUACAAUAAUGUUCCUGUCUUGUUCCAAACAGAAAACAACAUUUACGUUCAUGACCUGUUGACAUUUCAGCAGAUCACAACAGUUUCCAAGGCGAAAGGUGCAACUCUCUUCACCUGUGACCUGAAGGCAAGUAUAAGAAGAUGGCAUGCCUUAUCCAAUCUUGAAAAGGGGAUUGACUGUGAGACCUUGGUGUGUGAGUCAAAAAUGAACAGAGUAUUGUCCUCAAUAAAGGCUGGUUUCAUGAGAGGAAAGUUCUAUAGUUUUUAAAUACCAAGAACACAUGAAUGUACUUGAUAAAGUGCCUUCCACACUAAUACAUAGAGAACUAUUUUUUUUCACAGCACUCUGACACAGGUGAAGAGGUCUUGAGGAUGUGUGUGGCAGUGAAAAAGAAGCUCCAGCUGUAUUACUGGAAGGACAGAGAGUUCUACGAGCUUCAGGUUUGUUUAGCCGUAGUCGUAAUAAUAAUAAUAAUAAUAAUAAUAAUAAAUUAUUUGUACCCCACCCAUCUGGCAGGGUUUCCCAAGCCACUCUGGGUGGCUUCCAACAAAGAUUAAAAAUAAUAAUACUUGUUUUUAAGAUGUUUUUAUUGUUUUAUUACUUGUUUGCCAGCCUUGGCUCCUUUAAGAGGAAUGUAAUACAUUUUAGUGCUUGUGCACCUGAAUGCAAGCCUUCAGUCUUUCUGAUAUUAAAGGCCUCCUCACUUAUGGUUAAUUCAGAUGUACUGCUUUUUUCUUCAUGGAAAAGAUGGCAGCUAUCUAGCGUUUUGUUCAUGGAUCUUUGCUGUGAAAUUCAUAUGGAUUUUGCUUUCCCUCAAAACAUAUUUAAUGUGUAAGGGAAGAGUAUGUUGGCCUUGGCCUUGGAUGAGAAGGUAUAGGAAGGGAUUUGAAGUUGUUUGCGUUUUUGUUUAGUGGAUAGAUUUCAAAUGCCACCAUAUUUAGUUUCUGUUAAAGCAGCUUGCUUUGCUGGUAGAUAAUUGAGAUGGCAAUACAGACAAGCAAGGGAUAUUGCUAUGCAGAUAUGUAUAAAACAGUUUUCAAACUGUAUAAAAACAGUUACCAGAGUAACUAGACCUUUUCUUUUCUUGAUCUCCAGGGAGACUUCAGCGUGCCAGAUGUACCCAAGUCAAUGGCGUGGUGUGAAGAUUCAAUCUGUGUGGGUUUCAAGAGGGACUAUUAUCUAAUAAGGGUAAGAGAGAGUUUAGACUAAGUCAGAAUAAUAAAGGUUGAUUUUCUUCAGAUUCAGUGAAGAUGGGAAUAGACUGUGACUACAGUAUGAACUACUUGUGUAUAAUUAAGGCUGCAAUUCUAUGCAGACUUUGGGAGCAAGUCCCAUUGAACCUAGUGAGAGUUAAUUCCAAGUGAACAUGUGUAGGAUUGCUCUGUAAGGCCAUAUUUACACCCUAUGUUUAACAUUCUAUGAUACCACUAAAUCAAGCCACGGCUUUGCCAAAAGAAUUCUAGAAGCUGUAGUUUGUUAAGGGUACCGAAAGUUGUUAAGAGACCCUUUCUCUCACAGAGCUACAAUUCCCAGAGUUCUCAGGGAAGAGGGAUUGAUGGUUAAACCUCUCUGGGAAUUGUAGCUUGAGGAAGGAAACAGGGGUUGACUAAGACCUCUCAGCACCCUUAACACAGACUACAGCUCCCAUGAUUCUUUGGGGGAAGCCAUGACUGUUUAAAGUGGUAUCAGGGUGUGAAUGUGGUAGCCUCAAUGGAAGUUAGUUAUGUUUGGGAGUUCUCAAAGGCAUAUGUUGGUACUGGAUCUGCAGGGUUUUUAAGUGAAGUAAUCUUGGUGGAUGGGCUCCUGAAAGGAGAGACUAUUUUCCUUCCUCUAAUGAUAAAAAUCAGUCUAGUGUAGCUAUUCUGUAUGGAUUGACUGGCUAUGAUUUUUCCUUUUGCAGGUGGAUGGUAAAGGUUCCAUCAAAGAACUCUUUCCCACAGGAAAGCAGCUUGAGCCACUGGUAGCCCCUUUGGCAGAUGGGAAAGUUGCUGUAGGCCAGGACGAUCUUACUGUUGUAUUAAAUGAAGAAGGAACUUGUACACAGAAAUGUGCCUUGAACUGGACAGAUAUCCCAAUAGCCAUGGGUGAGAACUAGAUCUUCGUCUUAUAAUAAUAAUAAUAAUAAUAAUAAUAAUAAUAUAAAUAAUAUAUUUCUACCCCAUCCAUCUGGCUGGGUUUUCCCAGCCACUCUGGGAGGCUUUCAACAGAACAUUAAAAACAGAAUAAAACUUCAAACAUUAAAAACUUCCCUAAACAGGGCUGCCUUCAGAUGUCUCCUAAAAGUCUGAUGGGAGGGCGUUCCACAGGGCGGGUGCCACUGCCGAGAAGGCCCUCUGCCUGGUUCCCUGUAACCUUACUUCUCACAGUGAGGGAACUGCCAGAAGGCCUUCGGCGCUGAAUCUCAGUGUCUGGGAUGAAUGUUGGGGGUGGAGAUGCUCCUUCAGGUAUACUGGGCUGAGGCCGUUUAAGUCAGUGACUACUGCCUUUUUCCUUAGCAGCCUCCUUUGAAACAAACAAAUUACCUUGUCCUGGCCUCAACCCAUGUUAGACUGCUGCCCAUGUUAGCUAAAUUUGUGCCUAAUCCACAUUUUCACGUAAAUCAAUAUUGAAGGUUGUUAACUUGAGCAGCAAAUGGCUUGUAAAUGCAAAUGAUUCGAUACUUAGAAGGAAGAGGAAUGGAAGGUUGAAUCUAAGGUGAAAAGGCAGAGAACAAGGUCACUGGGAGGCUUUUCUCCUGAGGUGGAGAAUUGAACCAAAAAGGAUUGUUACUAUUAUUUAUUGUUAUUAAUUUAUGAAUCUUCUUUUACAUAUGUCUCAAGGUGAUUUACAGACUUAACAAUAAAAACAGCUAAAAUGGUUUUAACAGUACAACCCCCCCCACCAGAAGAUAGGUUUUAAAACAAUACAAAAGGAAUACCUAAGGUUAUUAUUAUUAUUUAUUAAUUUAUGGUUGGAUUUUACUAUGCAGGAUAUCUAAUCAGUGCAGGGUAGUUGAUGCUAAGACUAAUCAAUUGCUUACAGAUAAAGGGAACAUUGUGGGACGUGGGUGGUGCUGUGGGUUAAACCACAGAGCCUAGGACUUGCUGAUCGGAAGGUCGGCAGUUUGAAUCCCCGUGAUGGAGUGAGCUCCUGUUGUUCGGUCCCUGCUCCUGCCAACCUAGCAGUUCGAAAGCAUGUCAAAGUGCAAGUAGAUAAAUAGGUACUGCUCCAGCGGGAAGGUAAACGGCGUUUCCGUGCACUGCUCUGGUUAGCCAGAAGUGGCUUAGUCAUGCUGGCUUAGUCAUGACCCAGAAGCUGUACGUCGGCUCCCUCGGCCAAUAAAGCGAGAUGAGUGCGCAACCCCAGAGUCUGCCACGACUGGACCUAAUGGUCAGGGGUCCCUUUACCUUUACUUAAAGGGAACAUUAAGAACAGUUCCGAAUGCAAGCACUAGGGGGCAACAUAACAAGGGACACAGUGCCCAGUUGGAGCAGAACAAGGAUGCACGGGCAGAAUGAAAGAGUGAGUUAUACUUGAAAUGAAGUUUGGUCUCUUGGUUAUGCCUUCUUUUCAGUUUCUUUGCCACUCUUUCCCUGCCGUUAAAGUGGACCAAUGGGAAAGGGCUUUUGAAAGCCUGAAAAGCACAAAAGUAUAAAGCAUGCUAAUGCAUAAAAUGCAAUAGAUUCACUGUUUCCGAAUGUAAAUUUGGGGGAUGCUGUUGUAGAACCAAAUGCUGUUGCUGACUGUUCCAUUUCCAAAACAGAACAUCAACCACCGUACAUUGUGGCAGUACUGCCAAGAUAUGUAGAGAUUCGUACUUUUGAGCCCCGACUCCUCGUGCAGAGUAUUGAGCUCCAGAGACCACGCUUCAUUACUUCUGGAGGGUAUGGAAGUUUCAAGUUUUUUUCUCCCAUCUUUAUAGAUUCUAAUCUUGUGCAUAUGCUUCUACUGAAUUAUUAUUUUUUACAUAUUUAUGAAUUAAAGGGGACGGGGGAAAGACCUUUCAUUUUAUUAUGAUCAUGUUGAUAACCCAACUUCUUUCCUUUUUUUUCUUUUUAGUACAAAUAUUGUGUAUGUGGCCAGCAAUCAUUUUGUUUGGCGCCUCAUUCCGGUUUCUAUUGCAACCCAGAUCCAGCAGCUUCUUCAAGAUAAGCAAUUUGAACUGGCUCUGCAAUUGGCAGUAAGUGGCAGGAUGGGAGCAUUUUAAAUCUGUAUUGAUUGAUAACUUCUGUAAGCUACUACCUAGUAAAAGCUGCAUCUAAUACACAGCCUAAACCCCCUGUUAUUUGAGUGUCUUGGCAUUAAACAAGUCCAGAAUUUCGCAUUCAUCUGGGUCUGAUCAGUGUCUGGGGAUGGGUGAGUGUUUGGGAACCAUGUAUACAUGACUUGCUACAUGAUGUAAGAAAAGUAAUAAUAAAUGUGCAAGAUAUGUGCUUCUAGUAUGUGUAUUUAUUUACAGUCUAUGGCUCAAAUUCCCUUGCAGUCCUGUUUAGUAUAAGCCACUUUUGUGAAAAAGAAACCUGCACUGGGAACAUGUGACUUGCCUAAGGCAACUCUGUGACCUUUAGGUUUUUCAGAAAUUAGCAUAAAUAUUUGGUAGAACAAUCAGUUGAUUAUCUUUCUUUCAAGAUGAUGCGAUGCAUUCCCUUUUUCCCAGAUUUAGUGCUAUGAAGUUUUAACAUGCGGUUUGUUUAGUUUAAUAUUGCAUAAAUAUUUGUAACAGUUAUACCGAGAAUGAAAGCCUGUCUUGCAGUGCAACAACUGCAAGAUAAAAGAGUGGGGAAAGACUUCAAUUAUAACUUUUACUGGGUCAGCUGCUUAUGAAGAUGGGAAGGUUUUGUGUUUCUGCUGAACUCUCUGAAGAAUUUUGUACAGUUCAGUACUUUAUUUCUAGAAGCAUACUUGACCUGAUAACAGGCAUUGUCUGAAUUACGAUGUUAUCUGUCUGUCAGAAACUGACAGAUAUUUCUGUCAACACACAAUGCUAUUGAUUGCAUCUACUUGGAUUAAAUAGCAGUUACUAACUGGAGGUUUUAUCAACAAGCCCAUGUUUCCUCCAUGUAGUUUACGAAUAACGGUGACUCUUUGUUGCAAGUGCCAAGAGUUCUCUUUUCAAUUGAAAUGAUAUUGUAGGGUUACAUGAUGUGAGCAGUUUACAUUGAUGCCUGGGUGCAAGAACAAAUUAAAAUUCUCAAGCAUUGGUCGGUACAGUGGUACCUCGGGUUAAGUACUUAUUUCGUUCCGGAGGUCCGUUCUUAACCUGAAACUGUUCUUAACCUGAAGCACCACUUUAGCUAAUGGGGCCUCCUGCUGCUGCCGCGCCGCCGGAGCAUGAUUUCUGUUCUCAUCCUGAAGCAAAGUUCUUAACCUGAAGCACUAUUUCUGGGUUAGCGGAGUGUGUAACCUGAAGCGUAUGUGUCAGGGGUUCAGGGAGAGAGGCACAGGGUAGGCAGGAGAUGGAGAGCGAUGGGGAUGAAUCCCAAGCCAGCGAGGAAGAGGAUGACAAUGACUCAAGAGAUUCCAUGAGUCUUUCCAGCGAAUCAGAGGAUUCCCAGAAGGGGCGCCGGUGGUCAAGGCCAGGGAGCCCCAGGGGGGACGUGUCAGGAGCAGGGGGGGCAGCGGAGGAUCCCAAAGUGGCAGCUGGGCGUCAGGGCCAGCCUCCCCACCAGAGUGCAGCGAAGGGGGUGGAGUUUCCAGUGUAUCAGGGGAAGCAGCUCCGGCAGCAGAGAAGGGAGGGAGGUCAGAGCAAGCCACCCUCCCAGAAGGGGAGGGGAGCAGUGAAGGGAGUAGUGUAACUGUCAAAAGGAAAGUUAGAGGUUUGGCACGCGCGCCAAGUUCAAAUGUAGAGGCGCGCGGAAGUACAGGGAGCCCGGAGGAGGGGCCAGGUCCCAAAGCCCGCAGGAGGGGUCAGAGGAAUCCAGGAGGGGCGAAACCCCAGCGGGCAGAAGGACCCUGCGGAAAAGGAAAGAGAGAAAGAGGUGGAGCAGCGCAAGCCUCUUAAAUUGGUGCAGGGGAGGGACGGAUUCAGAGGGGACUUCAGCGGUCUAAGCGUAGCAGACGUAGGGCUGCGCGCCUAGGAUGUCAAGCAAACAAUGAACUGCAAUAAACACUUUUGUAUAUAAGAAGACAUAGGCGUUGGUCUUUUGUGAGCUGAGACUUGAGGCAGCUUUGACAGUAUGUAACCUGAAGCGUAUGUAACCCAAGGUACCACUGUAUUUCUCACUUGUGUGCAUGAGUGAAACAGGAUACAUGCGAUUCAGACUUGAGCUGCUCUUGUUACUGUAUAAACAUAGAUAGAAACCUUGUUUCUCCUACUGAAGCACAUUCCUCUUUUUUUACUAGUACUUUUUUACUAUUUCUGAGCAAUUUGCUUAAAACUGUGCUCAUUUCAAGAGGCUCACAGCCUUUACACUUACGUAUUUUCUUUUAAAUACUGGAACUAUCUUACACUGUUUAAAGAGUAACACUUCUUAAAUCUUUUGCCUAUUUUUGCACUUGUUAGGAUAUGAAGGAUGACUCUGAUACUGAAAAGCGACAACAAAUCCAUCAUAUUAAGAAUCUGUAUGCCUUCAACCUUUUCUGCCAAAAACGCUUUGAUGAAUCCAUGCAAGUCUUUGCCAAGCUUGGGACAGGUAAGUUAGUUGUGUAGCCUGGACUUAAUAGACAGAUAGGUAUGGGAGAUUGCUGUGACCUCUAAAGUCUUCAAAGCAGAAUGGAAGCAGAAUGAUAUCGCACUAGGUGGAAUCCUAAUGUCCACUGGAGAAUGACCUCUUCUAAAACAGUUCAUGUUGACCUCAAGAUCAUAACAACUUAAAUGACAUCUACUUAAUGGCAAAUUCACAUGGCAUUGAGCUGUGGUCACUGGUCACACUGGAGGAAAGCAGCCUAUGGCUAGAUAUCAGGAAAUGUGUCCUAAAGUACCCAUGUGAAAGGCCACUUGAAAUUCGUAUGCAUGGCAAGCGUGAGGCUUCUGUUGUGUGAGACAUCCCUAUAGCUCUGGUCCGACCAGGUUGUAUACUUUCAAUCCAUGUAGUAAUAAACUCUCAAAUCUUAUAUCUCUACCACUCUCAAUGGAGCUACCAUGGAAACAUUUACAUGGAAACAUUUACUGUCGUCUGUGAAAGCUGGCCAUAAGAACAGUUGGCCAAGGGACCAGUUUGUUGAUGGAAGCUGUGGAAAUGUGAAAUUUCCUGCCUUCCAACUUCCAGUCUGAGAUCCUUAUAUUGUUUAUGGUAACUUAUAACUGGAAACUUGGUAGUAUUGAGUUUGAAAACGGAAUACACUUUGAAGUAUAGUUUGGAUUUUUUGUGACUUAACUACAGUCAUAUAUUUUGUUUAGAUCCUACCCAUGUCAUGGGUCUCUAUCCCGAACUGUUGCCCAGUGAUUACAAGAAACAGCUCCAGUAUCCCAACCCUGUUCCAGUUCUGUCUCCAGCAGAGCUGGAGAAAGCACACUUGGCACUGAUAGACUACCUAACACAGGUAAGUGUUUAGCAGCUCCUUGAGCAUCCUGUUUUUGCUAGUAGAUGGUCAUGUGACUGUUUUGACAUUGCAGGACCUCCUGAAAUUAUUUUUCAUGUGUUUUGGGCUUAGCAGCUAUGGCCUCACCUAACAUGUUAAAAGGAGGGUGUGAAGCACGAUCUCUUGUACAUAUCAGAGCAGUCUCAUGAAAAGCUUUCAUGCUUAAAAAAGUCACAUUGCCAUGUGGUGGGGUGCUUGGGAUUCAUUAUCAUACGCUGCAUCAGCUCUUUCUUUGCUGUUCAUAUAGCACUGUCAGCAUACACAGUACUGGACAGAGUAACAAACACAUGAAAGACAUCUCCCUCUGCCCAGUGAGCUUACAGUCCAAAUGCUGACCAUGUGCAGAGAGAAGGGGGAGGGGCUUCAAGGUUAACAGAAUAUUAGAAAAAGGAGAAGAAUGGGAGAAGCCAGUACAACAAAAACUAACAAGCAAAUGCAGUUUGUCUGAACCCAUGUGGAUAAAAAGGUUGCAGUCACAUGCAGUUUUUCUCUGAGGUAAUGUGGGUGAGGUGUGGCAUGAAUUCACUUCUUUUGACUCUUAAUUUCUGCAGAAAAGAAGUCAGUUAGUGAAAAAGCUGAAUGACUCAGACCAUCAGUCCAGCACUUCUCCCCUCAUGGAGGGGACUCCCACCAUCAAAUCAAAGAAGAAGUUGCUGCAGAUCAUUGAUACCACUCUGUUGAAAUGCUACCUCCAUGUGAGUUCUCUGCAUUUUCUGAAAUACACGUGUCUUCCUCAAACCAGGCAUUUAGGGUUUUGGUGUUGAAAACUCAGGACUAAUAGUGGCAAGGGUUUAGAUUGAGUUUAAGUCCCUCUUUAAGCUUAAAAUACUAAAGGUGAAAACAGACAUAACAUUUUGGGGCACCUGCACUUAUCUCAGAUCUUUCCUGGGUGCAAUCUAAGCUGUGGUCAGUAUCUUCAUUGAAACUCUUCACAGCUGAAAUAUAUCCUGCUUGCCUUUAAAUUGCACCAAGAUUUUUAGAGGACAAUAUUCAGAGGAAAAAUUAAUAAUAUGAUGGGUUUGUUUUGGUCAUGCUGAAUCUUAGUAACUGUCAUUUGGUCUCUGUUGUUUGCGAAAAUGGUAGAUUGUUCUUAAUAUGGCAAUCUCUUACUAAACAAGAAAAGGGGCCGGUUGUCUGGUUGUUUGAGAUACAAAUCUGAAUAUGAAGGAAAGUGCCUGUGUGGGUUUUUUUAGGAGGAGAGUAAAUACCCUGGAAUAUUAUUGUUUCCCCUUGCUUAAUUUUUUUAAAAUAAAAAAAUGGAAUAAAAGAUUAACAAACUAGCUCUUUGCUAGUUUAAGCACAUAAGUACAUAGCCCUACUACAUGCGAAGACUUGUUUUUAAUUAAAUACUUAGAUUUGUAAUAAGUAUCUUCCUUUUUCUGGUUCUAAAUGCAUGCCUCUUUUGGUUCAUAGUAAACUGUUUCUGAUUCCCUCAAAUUGCUCCUCCUUACUGACAGACCAAUGUGGCCCUAGUGGCACCACUGUUGCGACUGGAGAACAAUCACUGCCACAUAGAGGAAAGUGAGCAUGUGCUCAAGAAAGCUCACAAAUACAGCGAGCUGAUCAUACUGUAUGAGAAGAAAGGUCUGCAUGAGAAAGGUAAAUUCUGUGGGGUGGGAAUCAAUUGGUAUGUACUGUAUUUUUUGCUCCAUAAGACGCACUUUUCCCCUCUUAAAAUCUAAGGGGAAAUGUCUGUGCGUCUUAUGGAGCGAAUGUGUGGUCCGUGGGGCUGGGGGGGGGGGAACCCGGGCUUCCCCCGCCAGCCCCGACAAGCUCCUGAGCAGCUCUGGGGUAGCCUGUGAAGCCUCCGCAGGGCAGCGGCGAGUCUUCAUCCCGCUGCCCUGGGGAGGCUUCGCACGGCUAUCCCUGGCUUUUGCGGGAGGUGGGGGAAGGGACAGAGUGAGGCUCUCUCACUUCCCCCACCUCCCACAAAAGCCCCCAAGAGCCGCAUAUUUUUUUUCUUGAAUUCCCCCCCCCCCCCAAAAAAAGUAGGUGCGCCUUAUGGUCAGGUGCGCCUUAUGGAGUGAAAAAUACGGUAAGAUAGACCUUGUAAAUCUAUCUGGCUUAGAUCUAUCCUGGCUAAAAGGUGCCCAAAAGUAUUAUUUAAUGACCUCUGCCAUUUGGGUCACUUCAAAAAAUGUAGCUGCUAUAUUGUUUGGGGCAUGUUUUCCUAAUGCCCCUUAGAUGUGCUUUUAUUUAGGUCAGUGAUACCUAUGGAGCAGGUUGGCCCUAUGCAUUUAUGGUCUCUCAGUUGUGGGGAGACACACGGAGGGGCACCAGCAUUUGAAGGGACGGAAGUGACAAGUAGGUUGCUAACACCAAGUUUCAGGAUUUGAAUAUAUUAUUAUUAUUAUUAUUUACAUUUGUUUGCUGCCUUUUACCAAAAAAAGUGAGUCUCAGAGUGACUUAAGAUAAAAUACAACUGGUAAAAACAGUGGAAGCCAGAAAGUUAAAACAACAGAUAAUACAAAAUAUUUAAAAUGCCCACCCAAUAACAUAAUGUAACUCCUACCCACCCCACUAAAAGAUGAACUCCAACAUAGAAGCCAUAGUUAUCAAAAGCCUGAGUGAAUAAAAAUAGAUAACGAUGGCAUGAGGAGUGCUUUCUAGUACUUGAAGCCAGGGGUGGGGGUGGGGCGGCUGCGUUGAGGGGACCCUUUAGUUUGCAAUCUCAACAGACCUUUUGUAUUACACUAUUUUAACUUUUUAGUUAAUUGCAACUUUACAAUAUCAAAUGGCUUCAUAGGGCAAAGACAAAGCUACAUCAAAAGGAUACUCUUGAUGCUGUAAAUUUUAUCAUUUUGUGCUGUUCAUGUUUCUCUGUCAAUUAACUCUUACUGGAUAGCCAUUCUACUACUGCUGCUGCUGCUACGCUCUUCUGUGAGGGAACUGGUUUUAGGGCAUUUUGUUUCCCAAUACUUCCAUAUCCAGGGCAGAACAGCAUAGGGAAUGGCAGACAAAUAAAUUCCCAGAGGCGGGGGGGGGGGGGGGAGAAAGAGGAAGCAUGCAAGAAGCUGUCAUAGUAGCAUAUAUUACGUUACAGACAUGUGGAUGUUAAUAAUAGAAUUCAAAGUACUGUCUUGACCUUUUGAUCAAGAGUGAACAGACUCCUGGCCUGUUGGAUCUACAGUUUGUCCAGCAACCAGAUUCUGGUGCAAACCACAUACAGAUAGAAUUAAAGAACAGAUUCCAUUCUGAGCCUGAAAACUUGUGUUCAGAGCUGGAAUUGAGGUGAACUUGCUGUCUUUUCACACAAAAGUCCAAUACUACUUAGUUUUCUUCAUUUCAGCAGUCUAAUUUAGGUGGGGAAAGUCAUUUUGUUGCUGCUGUAAACAAUCGGGACUCAGAAAUUCUUGCCACAUGACUGCAAAGCACCCAGAGAUUUACCAGUAGAUCCCAAUCUACCUUCAUGCUCAUCUCCACCAAACAAUAUUGUAUGUGUUUAUGUAAGGGAAGACUGCUUCUGGUUUGUCAUGGCACGAAACACACAGUUCUUCGUAUUAACUGAGGGGCCUUGGUCAUGGGUAACUAAAGGAAAAUCCCAAUAGGUCUUUCUUCUGUUUUUCUGCAGCUUUGCAGGUGCUAGUGGAUCAGUCAAAGAAAGCUAACUCCCCCUUGAAGGGCCAUGAGAGGACCGUGCAGUAUUUGCAACACUUGGGUGAGUGCAGCUGAAUAUACCUUCUGUUUUCACAUCUUGUCCUACCUUUCCAUGGAACAAAUACAGUAGAUUGUGGUGGCUCACAAAAGACAAAUGAGAAAAACCCACCCCACACUCCAAAAUAAUUCACAGAAUUAUUUAUGAGUCAGUUUCAUAAAUUUGGUUGACCAUACAGUGAAAAUAUGAAAACCUGUGGACAUCAGUCAACUCAGCCCAAAAUUUUAAGUGAAGUGGGUUCUCUUGAUCUCCCAGAGAUGGAGCUUAAGUCUGAUAGGCUUCUUUGGGAGCAGCAUUAGAAAUUAUGGUGGCAUUAACAGUCAUGUCCUAAUAUUCAGAGAAAGGCAUCCCAGCAGGGUAAUUUUUCCCUAAAAGGGACUCAAGGCAGCUUGUAAAAAGUGCCUUAAAAAAAAAAACUUUUUUAAAGUGAUGGAUCUAGUUGUCAUUUACACCUUACUCUAUAGCUUGCAGUCUAGUUCAAUUCCAUUUUGCUUUGUUUCUUAUUCUAGGCACAGACAACUUGAACUUAAUAUUCUCCUAUUCUGUUUGGGUACUUAGAGACUUUCCUGAAGAUGGAUUGAAAGUAAGCACACUUGGUCACAUUUGAAAAUAAAGGUGGAGAGAAUUAGGGUGUGCCUACUGACUGCGCGGGUGGCGCUGUGGGUAAAACCUCAGUGCCUAGGACUUGCCGAUCGUAAGGUCGGCGGUUUGAAUCCCUGUGACGGGGUGAGCUCCCGUCGUUCGGUCCCGGCUCCUGCCAACCUAGCAGUUCAAAAGCACCCCUAAGUGCAAGUAGAUAAAUAGGGACCACUUUAUAGCGGGAAGGUAACGGCGUUCCAUGUGCGGCGCUGGUGCUGGCUCGCCAGACGCAGCUUCGUCACGCUGGCCACGUGACCCGGAAGUGUCUUUGAACAGCGCCGGCUCCCGGCCUCUUGAGCGAGAUGAGCACGCAACCCUAGAGUCGGUCACGACUGGCCUUUGGGCAGGUGUACCUUUACCUUUACCUUUACUGACUGCACUGAUGGUAAAGCAAAUAAUAUUAGGCAGAUCCUUCUAAUAUUUCACUCGCUUAGUUCACACUCAUAAGGCUAUCAUAAUUGUAAAUAAAGGGCUGCUUUAAGUGUUCUGGGUCCACACAAAGACCCUUAUAAAUUGCUCUAAAUAGUAGCUUUUCCUCUGUGGCUGUAUACGGCCUCUCUCACAUAGAUUUGUAAAUACUGACCAUUCUACCUCAUGUGUCCAAAAAGAAAGCUGCUGCAUAUACCAUAUUUACUCAAGUCUAAUGCACCAUCAAAUCUAAUGCGCACCUUAAUUUUCAGAACCUUGAAACUAAAAAAAGUAUUUGCUGGCAAAUGUAAAUCUGCCAUUGAAUCUAAUGCACACCUUAAUUUUCAUAAUUUGGCCAAAAAAGGUGAGUGUUAGAUUAAAUAUGGUAAUAUCUACCAUAACAUGUUGACAGAAGCCACAGUUACAAGUUAGCAAUAACUCAGAUUAUCUGUUUGUAUGCAGCAGCUUUGCAGUACUUGAAAAAUGCAUCUUCCUUACUUUAUUGAAAGCUUAUCUUGCUUAUCCUUACUUACCAGUAAUGUCUAGAGUCGACUAAGGAAAGCAAAAAGAAGCUGUGAAGUACAUCUAGGGUACACCAAGCCCACAAUAGCUUUUCGAACCCAGUCACUGAAAGACAGGAUGAAGUUGGUAGCUCUAAGUGAGGUUUCAUCAAAGCUUGAGUUGCAUCAGUUCUCGUUGUUUGGUUUUAGAAGACAAUAAUUGCCUGUUGCUGUGCUGAAUGUGGCCUGGUUUGCACAACCUGGUAAACUAAAUUAUGACUUACCAAGGCCGCAAGCAGUUCUAGAGAAAAACUUCCAGUCAAGAACAAACCUUGACUACAGCUUGUGGUUAGGGCGGGGAGAGUUUAACCAAAAGUCCCAGUUCACAUGACGUGCUAAGCCAAACCCUGGGUUAGUUCAGUGUGGCACAAUAGUAAGACCAGGAAGAAGCAAAGUAGCUGCAAGUUCCUUUCCAGAACCUGGUCAAUAAGUAGAGGUCAUGAAUGCAUGCAAUAUCUCAGUUUAAUAGGGACACUGGCUAUAGAAUGCUACUUGCUGAUACAGAGAAAUAGGGCAAGAGGUUUACCUGCAGUGUUCUGUGUUUGUAUAUUGUGCUUUCAGCUGGAGAAGGUUGAAGCUUAAUUGCUGCUGCUCCUUCAGAAAGAUAUUGUGUGUCAUUUUGGGGCUUGUGAAUUGAAGUGUUUGACUUCCCUUGGAAAAAUGAGUGUAAAUGUACACAAAUUAACUUUGUGAAAUUCAACCUUUUUGACUGGCAGAUAUUCACAGAAGAUCUUCCUGAAGUGGAAUCCCUUCCUCGAAACAAAGUCCUCAGUUUCUUGAUAGAGAACUUUAAAAACCUGGCUGUUCCGUACUUGGUAAGAACUCAUGCUGUUACCUGCAUGCCCUGUUCUGAUAACAGCAAUUUGUGUCUGACUUCUAGGUCUAUCUGACACAAUUUUUGAAGGUGAGCAAAUUAUAAACAUGUAGCAGUAGCUAAUCCAGGACGUAUGUAGCCGGUUUUGUAGGAUUCCUGGUUUAUAUGAAGGAAGAAAAAAGUGGCUUCUCUUGAACACACAUUGAAAUAUUGAUGGGAAGAGGCAGGGUCUUCUACGGUCAGCUGUCAUACAUGGAUUGUGGACAUGUAUUUACAGGAACAUAUAAUCCAAACCUGGGAAGAGGCUGGUUCAGAGUUCCACAACUGCCUGAUUCAGCUCUACUGUGAAAAAGUGCAAGGAUUAAUGAAGGAAUAUCUCAGCUCUUUUCCUCCAGGUAUUUUCACCCCUGGUCUACUUCAGUGUGCCAAAAUAAUAAACUAUGGGACAAACUAUGGAGAAGAGGUAGUUGAAUAAAAGAAUUGGGAGGCAGCAUGCUUCUGAAUACCAGUUGCUGGCAAUUGCAGGUGGGGAUAAAACUGUUGGAUUGGCCACUGUGAGGACAGGAAGCUGGAUUAGAUGGACCUUUGUUUUUAAACACAAGGGUGAUUCUGUAGAUUGCAGACUGUAAGUAGCUACUGUUAGGUAAUGUAUCUUAGUUGUGCGCUAUUAGGAACAUUAUUAAAUUUUACUUCGCAUGAGAUGUUCAGAAGCAUCUUUGAUUCAGUGCGUCUCCUGUCUAAUGGGAGUGAGACUUCAGAUAACUUCAUUUUAUGGCUUCACAUUUGCUGAUGCUAACCAUCUGUUUCAGAUAAACCACUGGUGGCAGCUGGAGAAGAGGAGGGGGAACUCGGAGAGUAUCGGCAAAAACUUCUUUUCUUCCUUGAGACUUCCAGUUGCUACAAUGCUGAGCAGCUCAUCAGUGACUUCCCCUUUGAUGGUAAGAGAUGGUGCAGCCUUAUUGGUCUCCUUCAUUCCUGGGGGCAAUUAGCUAUAGCUAUUGCAGUGGAAUCGUAUUUUUUAGUCCUUUUUAAAAAAAUUUAAGACAUUUUAAGUGCUGGAAAAGAGAAUGUAGCCAGUUAUCUAUGUCUCAGUAAUGUAAAGGGAUUUCCCCUUAUUAUUAUUAAAUUUUAUAUUGGCACCCGCUCCAUCCUGCCAAAGGAGCCUAGGGUAGCAUGUCUGUGUUGGCCUAUUGUGGAAGAGAUGCUGCAUAAUGGCCCUUUAUAAAUAUAUCUGUUACUGUUGAUGGAGGACAAUUGACUGUUUUAUGUGAAGAGCAAUGUUUACAAUGCUCACUGUUUGAGAAGCUAUGGGUAACUGAAAAGUGGUGCACAGAGGAAUAAAAACAACAACAACAGCCGACAGUGUGAUGCUACUGAUUUAUAGAAUAAACUGAGCUCUUCCUCUUCCUUCUGUCCAGGUAUUGUAACAAAAGAUGAUCUUCCUCUGCUGCUUAGUUUCCUCUUGUCCUCUUACUCAUUUUCAUGACAAAUUCCCAUAGCCAACUUUGCAGAAUUGUGUUGCUGUUGAAGGCAAUAAUAGCUACUUUUGUUCUACUCCUGCCUGCAGGCCUCCUAGAAGAACGUGCUCUGCUGCUGGGACGGAUGGGAAAUCAUGAACAAGCUCUCUUCAUAUAUGUUCACAUCCUGAAGGAUACAAAAAUGGCUGAAAAGUACGUCUCUGCUUAACAGUAACACUUUGUUAGUUUUUAAAGAAACAAACCAACUUAGCAAACUUCUUACCUGUUUAAGUGGGAGGUGUAGUAAUUUCCCACCUUAAUGUAGUCAUUUCCCACCUUAAUUUGUCCCCCUCUGCAUCGGGGGUCGCCAGCCUUUGUGGCACAUCUGCUAACUAGAGAAACUGUUGCAGGCACCACACACACAUUGCAGCCUAUUGGAAAGGAAAUGAGCCUAAUCUGAACAAAUGAAAGGUGGGGAAGAGAGCCUUGUGUGUCAUAUUGUAAUUAGCAAAGGGGUCCUAGUAGCUAGUUCAUUAACAGUCUUAAGAACAUAAGAAAUUAGCAGGUGUACUUACCAAGCUAUCCUUGUUUGUUUGUUUUGUUGUAUAGACAUAUGAUUCAUUGUGCAAAUAUGUGUGUAUAAAUAUGGCAUAGAAAAAUGUUUUAAUCCUGGAAAGUAUUUUUCUUUCUUACAUGUGAUCAGUCCUUUUUAACCUUUUAAUUUGCAAACUGAGAAACCAGUUGAUAGGCAUCCAUCUGCCUCGGGAGACAAUGGAAGAGUUUGCCUUUGGGGGUAAAGUCAAACUGUUGGAAGGUUGCAGCAUAGUACUCACUGAUAAUUGUAGGGUAAUAAGUCAAAAUAUGUAAUUUUUAAAAUAAGCUGGACUUCAAGGCCACUCUGAGUUUCCUGUAUACGCUGUUGUGUUUCAGUUACUGUCACAAACACUACGACAAAAGCAAAGAUGGCAGCAAAGAUGUGAGUAGCUUAUUUUCUGUUAUCUUGGAGUUUACAAAACACGCUUCCUUUAAUUAUCCUGUUUCUGUUACAUAGUUUGUAGCAUCAACAAAUUUCAUGGCAGGUAAUUGGAGUAAAAGAUUUUAUGCCCGAAACAAAUGAGCUUGCAAGGCUUGAAAUUUUAUAAGUAUUCAAGUCAUUUAAAUACUCAGGUGUUGCUUGGUGUGUGUGUGUGUGUGCAAAUCAAGCAAUCUCUUAUUUCCAAGCAAAUUGCUUUGGAAAAUAUACUGUUGUAUUUGAAGCAACUUCGCACUCUGCAGCGGUGAGUGGGGCUCAUUGCCAAGGCCAUCAUUUCUCCCCUGGUGGAGGAGCUUCAUCUGCCUUGGCCUCCUAGUAUUAUAUUGCUACAAAACUUGUUUCAGGCAGUUACUGCACAGGCAUGACUGAGCUUGUGCGGUUUCAGUUGGCCAGCCUCACACAAUAGGUCCCUAGAGCAGCAGCAACCUCAUCAUUAGGCCCCCUUUCUUCCCAUUAAUCACAGUUGUGUGUGAAGUGGGAAAAGGAGUGGUGGCUUGGGCAGCAGGAGGCUAUGUAGCUAACAGAGGAUUAAAUGGAGGGUAGAACAGGGCUACUAGCCACAAUGGCUGUGCUCUGGCUCCACGGUCGGAGGUACUACAGUGGAACCUCGGGUUGCGGACAUAAUCUGUGAUGGAGGCACGUAAGCAACCCGCAGCGUUCGCAUCCUGAAGCGCUGCGUCUGCGCAGGCGCUGUCGUGAUUUGGCGCUUCUGCGCAUGCGCGAGAGGCGAAACCUGGAAGUAACCCAUUCCGGUAUUUCCGGAUUUCCCGCAGUCCACAACCUGAAAACACGUAACCUGAAGCAUCCGUAACAUGGGGUAUGAAUGUAAUGCUUCUGAGUACCAGCUGAACAGGAGGGGAGAGCACUCUUGUGCUCAAUUUCUGCUUGUGGGUUUCCCACGGAUCUGGUUGGACACUGUAAGAACAGGAUGCUGGACCUGAUGGGCAGGCUCUUACAUUUUUACAAGGAAAUAGGUGUGCUUGCACGGUCACACAUUUAUGUCUGCUACUUAAUUUUACCUUUGUACAGUAGGAUUGUUUCUACACGUAUGCAUUGCAGUAUACCUUCCAUUAGCAGGCAUAAAUACCUAAGGUUGUUGCAAUAUACUAAUUAGUGCAUUUCUUUCGCAGAUAAAGAUCAGCUUUAACUUCUGCAAUAAAUGUUUUCCCAGGAGCGCUGUGGACUCUUGUUCAUACCAUUUGAGCAAGAGCUUAUAUAAAGCUGUAAAUACUUAUGGUCAAGAUAAGAGUUUUGUUAUAAGAUGGGCACUGUCUCUGUCUGGGGUGGCAUACUUAGUCCCCGACAUUUUGGAGUGGAUUUUAAAUACAGUGGUUUGCUUUGUGUCAAACAGGUAUACUUGUCUCUUCUCCGGAUGUACCUCUCACCACCUAGCGUUCACUGCUUGGGACCAAUCAAGAUGAAACUAUUGGAGCCUCAAGCCAAUCUCCAGGCUGCAUUGCAGGUUUUGGAACUUCAUCACAGCAAGUUGGACACUACCAAAGUAAGGAUUAUUAUUUUUUAAUGAAGCACACUGCAUUGUGGAAUGGAGUAGAUAUGAUGCAAGAAACCUCUAUUGCAUAUUGCAUUAAAAUAAACUAGCUUUUGUGUUUGAAUACCCCUUUUUCUUCCACAAGCUGCUUGAAGGGCCACUUUCUUUGCAAAUAAAAUUAAGCUGUAUCCAGAGAAUUUGUUUUUUUAAAGAGUUAACGUACAUGUAACUUGUGAAUUUAUUUAUACCAAAUUUUGCAAGAUAUAUUCCUCCCCCUGCCCAUACUCACAACCAUGAAAAGUUGGAAUACUGGAACUGUAUUUUGGAAGAAUCCUAACAUAUUAAUUUCCCUUUGGUUGUAUCUGUAGGCAAUAAACCUCCUCCCAGCAAAUACUCAGAUUAGCGAGAUUCGAAUCUUCCUGGAAAAGGUCCUUGAAGAAAAUGCCCAGAAGAAAAGAUUCAGUCAAGUACUUAAAAAUCUUCUCCAUGCUGAAUUCCUGAGAGUAUGUUGUUCAUGUUACUUCUCCAUAUUUAUCAAAGGGAAUGUUUAAAGCAAUUGUUGGGCUAUUGUAUGUGAGGGGGUUGUUUGGUAGAGAAACUGGUAAAUUGUAAUACCAAAAAACAGCAACAAUAAUUAGUUUAACUGUUAUGAAGGUAAUUUUCAUAUUUCUUCAGGGUGUGUGGGAAUGUUCUAUUCUAUUUGUUCUUAUUUUGCCAUAGGUACAGGAGGAACGGAUUUUACACCAGCAAGUGAAAUGUAUAAUCACAGAGGAGAAACUUUGCAGUGUGUGUAAAAAGAAGAUUGGAAAUAGGUAUGUGGAAAUUGCUACUCAGUCUGAUUUUUGCACAAUUUUUGUGGAAGAGCAGCAGUAGGCUAGGAUGCCUGCCGAAGCAUUCUUAGAGUGUACAGUUAAUUCUCUGACAAUGCACUCCUAAGCAUGUUUAUUCAGAAAAAAGAACUGCUAGAUUCAAUGAGAAUUCCUCCUUGAUAAGUAGGUAUCAGGAGGGGGUAUGGUGGUGGAAUUCACUUGGCUUGCCUCUUAGCGUGAACUUUUCUGAAUCAAAUAAGUGAACUGACAUAGCUAUCCUUUGGAAUUCAUGCUUAUUCAACGUUUGUGAUGCAGUUCUCCAAAAAGGAUGCACAAAAAUGCAACAUGAAAACUUCUACAUGUCUGUGGUUUUGGAAUUUUUGAAAAUAUCUUUUAAGUCUUGCCAAACACUAGAUAAGCCACCUACUAGCAAGAAGGGAAGGAAACAUGCACACGCUGCUACAGGAACACAAAGGAAACAAAACACUAAGAACUGCAGAGAGAAAGGCUGGUUGAGACGUGACCUUUCAAAAAGUAUAGAUUUUUGUAAAGAGGAGCCUGUUCUGUGUCCUUUUAAAGAUAACUAAACCAAGUGGUGUUUUUAAUAUUAUUUUUAAAUUAUUAAGAUAACCAGAUAACUUGAUGCACCUACCUUUUCUCUUCCUAUAGUGCCUUCGCCCGUUAUCCUAAUGCAAUAGUCGUGCAUUAUUUCUGUUCCAAAGAAGUGAGUGCAGCAGACACCUGAAAUGAUUGUCAUGUGGACUGCAGAAGCCAUGGUGCUUAUCUGGAAGGAGCGCGAAGAGAAUUGGAGGCAUUGGAGAAAUUGGAGGAAUCUUCUGAGGCAUGUUGCUUACAAACAACUUGAGCCCCACGUCGCUUUACCAGAUGACUCGCCAUGUAAUCUGCCAAUGCUGGCAUAGUAGGGGAAACUGACAUCUAACUAUUAUUUUAUAUACUUGGCAUCAGGUUAGCCUCAGAGCACUUCAGCAUGAGGAAGAAUGAAAGCUAAAUAGCAACAAGAUGCCAUCACGCUCCAGUUUUUGUAGCAAUUCUUGUUCCAAGGAAAACACAAGUCAAAUUAUCAAGUCAAGCAAGGCAGAAAUGCAUUUUGUGUUGGAUUCUGCAUUCUGAUCAUAGUUGGGGAAAAUUAUAUGAUUGUUUCAUCAGCAUUACAUUGAGAUCCACUUUUAUCAGUCAUUUGGAGGCAGGCACUUCCAGAGAGGCUGUACCCAGAUUUCCUUACUGUUAAUGUUGGAUAUAAAUAGGCAUUGGCCAUCGAACAUUAUUCUUUGUAUUUGGGAGUGGUUAUCACCACUGAUAGAAAAGUUCCAAGGGAACUAGUCUAAUAACAAUAUGAUCAGAACUGGAAAAUGUGUAUUAUUAUUUUUUGAGAAGCAUGUAAAUUUGAAUGAGCAUAAUAUUUGCACUGUGUAUAGUCACUUCGAUUAUGAGUAGAAUGAAAAGUGACAAUGAUUUUUCUGAAGGGAGGGGGAAGUAGCAUCUGCACUUGUACCAAAAUGUUAAAGGAGCAACUUCUUUAAAAAUCAGAUUUCAAAGUGGGUGGGUGUUUUAUAUUGAGCACCUGGUCUGCACUUUGGAGUCACUAUUGUGUUGAAGUGGUUAAGUCUUCAUGAAUACUCCAGCUUUUGAGUAAUGCAGACACUUCCAUUGCAGUAUUUUUAGUUCCCUAUUAUGUUCCCACUGGUGCUCCUCUGUAGCUUUGCUGUACCCUCAUUGCUGUGAUACUGAAAAACCCUGGGCCCUUGCAGGUUGUAAUGUUAUUGUCUUAACAUUAUUUUUAAAAGCCUAAUCUUUUAUGAAGGUGAUAAAGAUGAAUUUGAGAGUUCAGCAGCAGGUAAACAAAGGCUUGUAGUAGGAGCAAUUGGUUCAGAGGAUCUGAAUGGGGAAGUUAUCUCAACAUCCCAUAACAGCUAUUUAUUAUUUUUUAGUUUUUUGUGACUGUAAUCAUUCAGUGAUUUAUAGUUUUUGGCAGAAAGUCACCAUAGUUGAGGAAAUAAAAGUUAAGGAAAAGCCUUUCUAUGCUGUUUUGAUUUCACUACGUGCUUGGUAAGAUCCUAAGAUGAGUGAAACACUAGGAUAAAUUUAGUGCGCAAUUUGAUCUGCUGCAAAACAGCUUGGCCUUUUCUAGGAGCUGCUUCCCUGGCUACCUUAAGCACACUGUCCAGUGAAGUCUAUCCUCAAUGUCACAUCUAUUUCUGUGUUAUGUGCAGUGAAUACCAACUGUGUCUUACUGCUGGGUUUGGGAUUUGUUCUUCUGCUAAGAUUAAACUGAUUUUUGGUACUUUGUUCCCUUAAAUCCAUAGAGUGUCAAUGCAGUAUGUUUGUUGCUUUUGUUCAGCUUCCUAGACUAGACAGGUACUACAGGUGAAGACUACACGAGAUAUUAAUAUGUAAAGGACAGCAAAAUGAAGUGUUUACAUAGAAACUAUUAUUUGUGCAGUCCAUUCUGACACAGAUUAAUGAUAUGUCUGCUGCCAGUAAAGCCACAUGCUCCACUGAGGCAUCUCAAGUGUACUUUUCUCCUUCACAGAAAAGCUUUUAUGUGCCUCGAUUCAGCUUCAUUGCAUACCUUCUGCAGAGAAGUGGCUUACGCUAUAAUUGCCUGCUGGUAGCCUUGCACAGUGUCUGGGAUUCACUAACUGUACAACAGGUUAAUUUGAAGCAAUAAAUUAUUAUAAAUAUUUGGGAAACCUGCAUAUUCUUUCCCCCCUUAAAAUAAAAUUUUAUAUUGUACUUCCUUUUCAGACUUAGCUGUGUGCAGUCUCAAACAUUAAUUCUUGUCAUUAAAGGUUUUUUAUACAGGUUGUGAUUCAGACAAAGGAUGUUGCCAAUCUAGUUCCCAAAGGUGAGGCACAGUUGCUACACUACAGAAUUGUUGCUGUUCAAACCUGAACCACAGGAUCUACCUGUAUUAUGACAUUCAGGUUUUUUAAUCAUGCUGUGCUAUUAUUUCAGAAGCUGUUCACAUUUAGCCUACAUUUUCAAGUAUGACCUUUAAACAAUAUUUUGCUGAUAUAUGGAAAUACAAGUUGGAAAACUUCUUAAAAUGAUAACAGAUUUUCAUGUAGAUAAUGCAGGGUUAGAAGUAGUAAAUGAAACUUUACAGAGAACAGUUAUUUC